GCCAAGCACAGGCGAUCUGCGGCUGCAAUUCGCUCGUCCAUCAACCACACCUGUCCUCGGGCCGAUCCAUCCAGCCCAGCCCAGCCCAGCCUAGUCCGUCGAUCCACCGCCACCCUCCGACACACCGCAGACAUGCCUCUCUACGAACUCGUGUGCAUCUCGCGGGCCUACACGGCGCAGGCCACCAUGCGGCUAGCGGCCAAGCAUGUCCUCGACAAUGGCGGCGUCGUCCGGACCUUCCAGAACCUCGGAUACCAAACCCUACCCUAUCGGAUCAAGAGGCAUGGCAACGUCGAAGUUCACGGACAAUACUGGGCGAUGCAGUUUUACUCGGCGCCAAAGCUGUUGCCGGAACUGCAGGAGAAGCUGAAUUACGAAGAAAAUCUAAUCCGCCACACCACCCUCAAGAUUGGAGACUCUAUGAAGGAUGUCAUCUCCAAGACCAGCAAGUACUAGAGGCAACGAGACUUCUUGCGAAGCCGGAGCGAGCCGGGUCAGGCUUACGGCCAUCCUGCAACCCUCCCCACCAUCCGUGAGACCCGCGACCGAAGCAUCCCGAAACGACUGCUGCUUCGUGCCCGAUCCACCCGGAGGAGAUCGGGAGACAUCGGACUUUGAUGGCGAUUACUCGACAAUAGCCCUCGGACAGUGCCAGGAUGACCUUUGGCUGAAACAGCGGGCUUGCACACCGAGACCGUUUGCAUCUCCACCAUGUACCCAGUUCAAAACGCAGUAUGCCGAUAAUUGCACAUUGAUCAGGACUCUCGUCACCCGUGCGUGUGGGAUGGAGGCCAAAGUUAAUCGAGUGGAUAUGUGUGCGCU